CGGAGUCCUCCUCCUGCUCCUCCUCCGGCUGCCCAGACUCCGCCGCCGCCCGUCGGACUCUGCCUCCUCCUCCUGCCGCUCUCGCCGCGGAACCUCCCAGACGACCAGGGCCGCGGACCCUUGGCUCCGAGGCAGCACAGCCGCGGCUUCUGGAGCCCGCGGGCGGCGGACCGGCUCGGCGCACAGAUUCUCCUUAAGCCUCUGGUGAAAAAUCUGUGAGACAGGAUGGCCACAAAUAAGCCCAAGGGUCAGAACUCUUUGGCCCUACACAAAGUCAUCAUGGUGGGCAGCGGUGGUGUGGGCAAGUCGGCCCUGACCCUGCAGUUCAUGUAUGAUGAGUUUGUGGAGGACUAUGAGCCCACCAAAGCUGACAGCUACAGGAAGAAAGUCGUGCUAGAUGGGGAAGAAGUGCAGAUCGAUAUCUUGGAUACAGCUGGCCAGGAGGAUUACGCUGCAAUCAGAGACAACUACUUCCGGAGUGGGGAGGGCUUCCUCUGUGUCUUCUCUAUUACAGAAAUGGAAUCCUUUGCAGCCACUGCCGACUUCAGGGAGCAGAUUUUACGAGUAAAGGAAGAUGAAAAUGUUCCAUUUCUACUGGUUGGUAACAAGUCCGAUUUAGAAGAUAAAAGGCAGGUUUCAGUAGAAGAGGCGAAGAACAGAGCCGAUCAGUGGAACGUGAACUACGUGGAAACGUCUGCUAAGACGCGAGCCAACGUGGACAAGGUAUUUUUUGAUUUAAUGAGGGAAAUUCGAGCCAGAAAGAUGGAAGACAGCAAAGAAAAGAACGGAAAAAAGAAGAGGAAAAGUUUAGCCAAGAGAAUCAGAGAAAGAUGCUGCAUUUUAUAAUCAAAGCCCAAACUUCUUUCUUAUCUUGACCAUACUAAUAAAUAUAAUUUAUAAGCAUUGCCAUCGAAGGCUCAAUUGACUGAAAUUACUUUAACAUUUUGGAAAUUGUUAUGUAUCACUAAAAGCAUGAAUUGGAACUGCACUGAAAGUCAAAUUCACUUAAAAAAGAAAUUAAUGUGGCUUCCUCAAGAAGCAAAAUUCAACCUAUUUCAUAAUUGCUUACAUUUACCACAGUCCUGAAUGUAGUGUGGGGCUUGUAUUCUCUGGCGGUCUUUCUUGAACUGUUAAAUAAAGAAAUGAAAUGGGGUGGGGAAUGGAGGAAAGGCCACUUCCUCUGGUGUUUAUUAUAAAGCUUAAAUUUUAUAUCAUUUUAAAAUGUCUUGGUCUUCUACUGCCUUGAAAAAUGACAAUUGUGAACAUGAUAGUUAAACUGUACCACUUUUUUAACCAUUGUUAUGCAAAAUAUAGGAGAAAACGUUAUUGGCAUGGUUGUUGCAUAUAGUUAAACUGAGAGUAAUUCAUCUGUGAAUCUGCAUUAAUUACCUGGUGACUGACUUAGAAAAGUGGCAUAAAACUUGUACAUGGACAUUUUUGAAUAUGCCUUAAUUUAGAAACCGAAAAAUAUCUGGUCACAUCAUUCUGGGUGUGUUCUCGCUGGUAACAGGGGUCCCCCCACAGCUUCCCGUGUCCUGGUGAGAGAUCUGUUCUUACCUAGAUGGAGGGUAGCUUUUGUAUAGCAGAUGCUUGAGAAAUUACUAUCUGCCAGGAGUCUGUCCAAACUCUAAAAUGUGUGCCAUACUCUGGUACUUGAAAAUAUAAAGUUCCAGAGCUCUUUGAUUGCUUCUAACAAACUCUAAGGAAGUUGAAAAUGAAGGGCCAGCAUAUACUUGUAAGAUAAUUUUAGACUACGAGGAUUCUGCACCAGUUACGUUUGAGUGAAUGCUUUUUCUUUCUCUUAAGAUGCUGGUCCGGGAAAUGACCUGCGAGUGGUGAGCACAUAAGUAUUAAGUUUCUUCUCUCCUGGGAGCAGGGCACAGGGAAAACCAUCUAUAGUGCUAAUACAUUUUGCACUAGAACACUUCGGGAAAUACUUGUUCUUGCCACCUGUUCGUUCUAAGUUUAUACUCAUGUGGUUGCAGUUUGGCUCUAUGGGAGUUCUCAGGAACACCUGUAGUCUGUCUAUGUUCAUAGUGAAGAACACCAUAGCUACAUUUUCCUAAUGUCAGCUUCCACCAGUCAAACCCAGGUACAGUGCAAAAACCAUGUUUGGCACACAGACCAGACGUCAGGCUGUCACCGGUGGGUGACGUUCCCACCAGAAUUGUAGGGCACUCUUUGGGAGCGUGAUUUCAGUGGCAAAUACACCAUUGUCAGUUUCCCUUUCCUCUUUGAAAUGAGACUUCAGUGAUUCAGCAAAGCUUUUCUUUCUCGCUGCUGAGUCUUAAUUUCAGCAAGUCAAAGAUGUGUUCAGGCAUUCCAGGUAACAGGUGUGUAUGUGAAGUUAUCAAAAAUAGGCUCUUUAGGGACUCAGCUCUUUAGAUAUCACAUCCAGCUUGUCGUGUUAACUAUCUGUCCGUAAAGGGUUUAAGAUGUCCAUCUUUCAUUCCGUGUUCCUCUUAGCUAUGCCGUGUGCAGAAUCCAAGUUUCCGCUGUAACCCGGGCGGCAGGCCCAGUGCUCUCCAUGUGUCCUUGUUGCAGUCUCACUGAACCAGGGGGCCUAACCACUAACAUUGUGACUUUGCUUUGAGCCCUUUCCUCUCCUGGGUACUGAGGUGCUAUGAAGCCAACUGACAAAGAUGCAUCACAUGUCUUAGGCUGAUGCCACUACCCGAUUCGUUUAUUUGCAAUUUGAGCCAUUUAAAGACCAAUAAACUUCCUUUUUUAAAAUGUC